ACUCUCCAUGGAGUUCCAGCGGAACAAAACCAUGCUACUAGCCAUGGCGACCUCCCCUCACCUAAAGCUCGUCUUGCUCGCUAUCCUGCUAGCCUCGUUUCGGCAAGCCAUGGCGGCACCACCUCCCUCCCUCCUGGAAGAACAGGCAGGAGCCCUCCUCGCCUGGAAAGCCACCAUCCAAAGCCCUCCAGCCCAGCUCCAGUCCUGGGGAAACACCACAACACGGCCAUGCGGCUGGUACGGCAUCAAGUGCGGCCAGCAUCGAGCGAGGCGCCAAGAGGUGGUGAUCACCGAGAUCUUUCUCCGGGGGUUGCGGCUGAGAGCGAGGCUGGACGCCCUCAACUUCACGGUGUUGCAUACUCUCACGAGUAUCCGGCUCCCCUUCAACCAGAUAAGGGGCCCCUUUCCACCCGCUUUAGCAUCAUCCCUGCCAAACCUGCGGCACCUACUGCUCCAGGGAAAUAAAAUCUCCGGUGAAAUACCAUGGCAAAUAAAACACCUCGAGAGUCUAGUGGGGUUGGUUUUGUCAGAAAACCACUUCUUUGGUCACAUCCCCAUUGAAGUAGGCUACCUAAAGAAGCUGAUCAGGCUAGAUUUUUCCAGCAGCAACCUCACAGGCACCAUUCCAAGGAGCCUAGGGAAUUGCACUAAACUCACUAUCUUGUACCUUGAUGGUAACCAGUUAUCCGGAUUACUUCCUCAAGAACUAGGUUACCUAGUGAGAUUACAAGAAUUAGCUCUUAGCAGCAACAAACUCAUGGGUUCCAUCCCCAAUACACUUGAGAGUUUGAUUAACCUCAUUCGGUUGUACCUAUGGGAUAACCAACUCUCCGGACAUAUUCCUCGAGAACUAGGUUCCCUUGUGAGUCUACAAAAAUUGGAACUUAGUGGAAACAAACUCAUAGGCCCCAUCCCCAAUACCUUCGGAAAUUUGACAAAGCUCACUACCUUGCACCUAUUUGAUAACCAACUCUCAGGACAUGUUCCUCGAGAACUAGGUUACAUGGUGAAUCUGGAAGAGUUGGAGCUUAGUGAAAACAAACUCAUGGGUUCCAUCCCUAAUACCUUUGGAAAUUUGACCAAUCUCAUUACCUUGUACUUAUCUUAUAACCAACUCUCCAUGCUUGUUCCUCGAGAACUAGGUUCCAUGGUAAAUAUAGAAUCGUUGGACCUUAGCGACAACAAACUCAUGGGAUCUAUCCCCAAUAGCUUUGGAAAUUUGACCAAGCUCAUUGUCUUAUACCUCGGUGGUAAUCAAUUCUCUGGACAUGUUCCACCAGAAAUUGGUAGCUUAAUGGAUCUCAUAGAUCUUCAAUUUUAUAGUAACAAUCUCUUCGGUGCCUUGCCACCUAACUUGUGUGUUGGUGGCAUGCUCGAGACAUUAGCUGCAUUUGACAACAAUCUCAAUGGACCUCUGCCAUCAAGUUUGGCAAGCUGCAGAAGCCUAGUUAGAGUUCGCCUUCAAAGGAAUCAAAUAGAAGGAGAUAUUUCUGAGAUGGGGCUUUAUCCAAAUCUGGUCUAUAUGGAUAUGAGCUCAAAUAAACUAUUUGGUCAAUUAUCUUAUCACUGGGGGGGAUGUCAUAACCUUACGAUGCUACGCAUCUCAAACAACAACCUUACGGGGGAAAUACCUGCAAGUAUGGGGAAACUAUCUCAACUAGGGCUACUUGAUCUUUCAUCAAACAAGCUUGAAGGAGAGCUUCCGAGUGCACUAGGCAAUCUAAGAAAAUUGUUCAACCUGAGCCUCACGGACAAUUUGCUCCAUGGAAGCAUUCCACGGGAAUUUGGAGAAAUGUCAAGUCUGGAGUUGCUGGAUUUGUCAUCAAAUAACCUAAGUGGUUCAAUAAAAGACUCAAUUGAGCAUUGUUUGAAGCUUCGUCUUUUGAAGUUAAAUCACAAUAAUUUCAAAGGAAACAUCCCUUCUGAACUAGGGUUAUUAGGCAACUUACAAGACCUAUUGGAUUUAAGUGAUAAUUCAUUUAGUGGGGCAAUACCAAGACAACUUAGUGGUCUUGUCGUGCUAGACACCCUGAAUCUUUCACACAAUGAACUUAAUAGCUCCAUCCCGUCAUCAUUUCAGAGUAUGAAAAGCUUGACAUCCAUUGAUGCAUCUUACAAUGAAUUGGAAGGGCCAGUCCCGGAGAGUAAGCUCUUCCAAGGAGCUUCAAUCCAAUUGUUCAUGCAUAAUAAAAUGUUGUGUGGUGUGGUGAAAGGAUUGCCCCCAUGUAGUAGUGCAACUCAUAGCAGAAGGGAAACGAAGGGAAACAAAAUACUUGUAUUAGUCAUCGUUCCUGCUAUGAUAUCUCUUGUUCUUGUCACGGUGACAUUGAUGUUCCGACAUGAAAGGAAGAAAACCAAGGAAACUAUGAUCGAUAAAGUAACACAAGAAAAAGUCUUCUCUAUUUGGAGUUUUGAUGGAGCAAAUGUGUUCAAACAAAUCGUUGAAGCAACAAACAAUUUUAGCGAAAUGCAUUGCGUAGGAACCGGGGGAUAUGGAUCUGUCUACAAAGCUAGACUCGCAUCAUGCGAAGUAUUUGCAGUGAAGAAGAUACACAUGGUAGAAGAUGAGUGUUGCGUGAACGAGCAGGUGUUCAAUCGUGAAAUCGAGGCAUUGGUGCAAAUUCGUCAUCGAAACAUUGUAAAACUUUUUGGGUAUUGUUCCUCUGGCCAAGGCAGGUUCCUUAUCUAUGAAUAUAUUGAGAGAGGAGACUUGGCAGAAACACCGAAGGACAACGAAAAGGCAAUUGAAUUGGAUUGGAGAAGACGGAUACAUAUUGGGUUGGAUGUGGUUCAUGCUUUGGCAUAUAUGCAUCAUGAUUGUUCGUCACCUAUAGUCCAUAGGGAUAUAACAAGCAACAAUAUUUUGCUUGAUCUAGAAUUUAGAGCUUGCAUCUCUGACUUCGGUAUGGCUAAAAUUCUCAAUAUUUAUGGCGAGAAUCUCACAAGGCUUGCUGGGACGAAAGGCUAUCUUGCCCCAGAGCUAGCAUAUACAGAAAACAUGACGGAGAAAUGCGAUGUAUACAACUUUGGAGUGCUUGUUUUGGAGCUAUUUAUGGGAUCUCAUCCAGGUGAUCUGCUCUCAUCCUUCUCAUUGGCCACCAAGAACAAUGUUGUGUGCCUGCAAGAUCUGCUGGACUCCAGGCUCGCGCUCCCAGAUGCUGAAACUACUAGGGAAAUAUACUGCAUUCUCAGUGUUGCAGCUCAGUGUCUGGAGUCACGUCCAUCACACAGGCCAACGGCACGACGUGCCAGUGAUGAGCUAUCUACGGUUAAAGUUCAUGAAGAUCAUGUUGAUUAUUUGCAGGCUGGCAUCACCUUUCCUAUUCUGUAGUGCCUAGCUAUGGCUAUGGAUAGUGAAUUUGUAUCAUGUGGUUUCUGCGUACCUAUUUGCUUAAAAAAUGUUUUUCUUCUGGAAGCUUAAAAAUGUUGUUUUCUAUGUAUG